CAGCUGCAUACCGUUCGUUGCCGAAACGGUUCAGCUUUGUCGGGUGUCUCUGCGGAUGCCCCCAGGAGAGAGAGGAAAAGAGAUAGAGACAGAGAGAGAACGGCCGCCAUGGCUAACCGUAAGAACCUUGAAGCUUAUGUAAGUUGGUAGCCAUGGAGAGGGGCGUCCAGAGAUGGGCUGUCGACAUUUCUGAGUGGAACCCUUCUCCCCAUAACUUCUCCUUUGCCCUAACUCUACUCCCUCGCCAUGAACAUUCCUCCAUCCUUAGAUUUUUCAAGAUGGAAGACAGAAAACGUGCACUUGUGAGUCGUUUGCUUCAGUAUGCUCUUGUGCAUAACAUAUUGAAAAUCCCAUUUGACGAAAUAACUAUAAAGCGCACAUUGGAAGGCAAGCCAUAUCUGGACUGUGAUAAACUUGCCUCAGAAUUCCCCAAUUUUAAUUUCAAUGUAUCACAUCAUGGUGAUUAUGUGGUUAUAGCAUCAGAACCUCUGUGUCUUGUGGGGUUGGACGUUGUCUCUUACACCACUCCCCAAAAUGGGGAUACCAUUGAAUUUGUUAAAAGCUUCUCUUCUUACUUUUCAAGUUUAGAAUGGAAGAAUAUCAUGAUUGCUAGCUCUAGCUCCAGUGUUUUGGUUGAGUUCUACAGAUACUGGUGUCUCAAAGAAGCAUAUGUGAAAGCUAUUGGAAGUGGAAUAGCAUCUGGGCUGGAGCAGGUCGAGUUUCGUCAUGUUGGGUGGAAUGACAUACUGGUUAAAGUUGGAGGGGAAAUUCUGAAAGAAUGGAGAUUUUGGAUCUCAGAGUUGGGAAAUGGACAUUGUGUGGCAGUUGCUAAGGGGCACCCGAGAUUCGCUACCAAGAGCUACCGGAGGACUCUAAGGAGGUCGGAGUUUGACCCUAACGAGUAUCGCUCCGGUCUUCUUCUUCCCAAUGUCAGCUUUGUGUCAAAGACGGUAGAACAACUCAUUUCCAUUUCCAUGGAGUGAGGCUUUGAUCCCUGAACACACAUUGCAAAUUAUAAUUCACAGCAUUUACUGUUCUUCUUCGGGUUGGGAUGUGGACGAGGAAUAAAUAGUUAUAAUGCAAUUUCCCAAAAUAUUUCACCUACUACAAAUUCUAGGGUUUGGAGAUUGAAAAUAGUUGGAAAUUUUUCUUUGAGUGAGAGAGGGGUAAAGAUUGAAAUUAUUGAAAUUCAUAUUCUAGCAUAUUUAUGUAAAUGUUAUAGAUACUAA